AUGGCAAACAAUAUUAAGAGCUUUUCAGUGAGAUACAAUCCCAUAAAUGAAAGUAAUACUUUCACUAGUGGUGACUGUAUUGCAGGACAAAUUAAACUGGAACUGACAAAAGAGUGCAAAAUAGGUUCACUGUGUAUAAAGCUGAAGGGAAAAGCAAACGUCAAAUGGACUGAAAUGUAUGGAAAGACUAUCGUAACAUACCAUAACAAAGAGAAGUACUUCAGUGUCAAGCAAGAUGUCAUUCUGGAUGGCCGAGGUAAUAAUGUUGUUGCUCAGGACUGCCAUGUCUACCCAUUCACCUUUCAGAUCCCUGCACAAGACCUGCCACCCUCCUUCAAAGGCCCGUAUGGAAAAAUCCAGUACACACUGGAGGCAACUCUGAGCAGGUCGAUGAGAAUAGACACCAAAGCUAAGGCGAAGUUUACUCUCAUCCACAAACCAACCCUAAACAGUGAUCCAUUGCUGAUGACUCCACAAAACAGCACCAUCAAUAAGACAAUGAAGCUCUUUACAUCAGGGUCAGUUGGCAUGGAUGUAAAUAUCGUGCGGAUGGGCUUCCACCAAGGGGAAGGCAUAAAGGUUGUGGCCUCUAUCCAAAACAGGUCAUCUCGAGAAAUCAAGCCCAAAUACUGUUUAUAUGAGAAGUACAGUUACUUCGCAAAGAAAAAGAGGAAACUCCAAACCAAAGACAUCCUGAAAGAGGAGGGGGAAGCCAUCCCACCUUCUGCGGGUCAGACCGUCACUAAGAUCAUCACCAUCCCUUCCUCCACGCCUCCAUCUAUCCUGAACUGCAACAUCAUCAAGGCAGAGUACAGGCUCAGAGUCUACCUGGAUGUUAAGUAUGCUCAAGACCCCAAGAUCAAGUUCCCCAUAGUCAUCCUGCCUGCUUCACAGGGGCCUGAUGAUGAGGAGCAGCUGUCUGCUUUUACGUCUUCCAUUUUUGCUUAA